AUGGAGGGUCUGCAUCAUGGCAUCGGAGGAGUUCGCCCGCCGCAAUCCGCAUUCCCUGACAUCGACAGCCAUAUGGUGCCCGAUGACUUCUCCUUUAGCUCGCCCUUCAGUCCCUCCGGCUCGACCGGUCAGGACGGGAUGUUGGGCGACUCGAUCUUCCCGGAAAUGAAAAACGGCGGUGGCGAAAGCCCCGAGGAACUGCAGCGGCAAGAUCCCUUGGCCGCUCAGAUUUGGCGGCUCUACACCCGGACAAAAUCCCAGUUGCCGAAUCAAGAGCGAAUGGAAAACUUGACAUGGCGAAUGAUGGCCAUGUCGUUGAAACGCAAGGAAAGGGAGCAAGCUCGCGCCAGUCCCAGCGCAAGUGGGAUCGCCCAGUUGCACUUGUCGCACGAACACCCGGCGACCCACUCCCAGCAGAAUAUGAACCUCGAUGCCACUUCCGACCCCAUGAACAUCGACGAGUUCAUCGUCCCCUUUGACUCGCCAGGCGACUACUCCUCUCACCAUCCCGACGCCGACCGACAUUUGAACGCUACCCCCACGGCCUCCAUCCCUAUCAAGUCACGCAAGGACCAUCUCGUCGAGCCGAAUCGCAAGAACAACGAGUUUGGCUACGUGCCUCGUCGGGUGCGGAAGACGAGCGUCGACGAGCGUCAGUUCUUUACUGGCCUUGGAGGGCCGACUCGCAAGCGACCGGCAGAUGCCUCACCUCAGGUGCCACCUGUGUCCAACGCGGUGAUGGGGCAUUCCGAGCUAUCCGCUGCACUGCCGGAUUACUCUCUCGACCACAAUUCGGGGUUCGCCAUGCCCAACAAUAGCAUGAGCCACGGUCGUCACCAGCACCGGAACACCACAUCCGGGGUGCCGUUCCACCUGGAUACCUAUACCAUGAAUGAUGAGAAUGGCAUCCACUCGGCGGGCCCUUACCAGCAAAACUUUACCUUUUCUCCCUCCGACUCUCCAAUGACUGCGGGCGAGCAGUCCAUUUUCUUCAACGAUGGGCCCUCGGUCGACGCUCAGGGCCAGGGCCAAGGCCAGCGCCGCAUUCCUCCAUAUCUGCAGCAACGCUCCUCCAAUCUUUCUGCGUCCUUGCAGCCCCGCCACAUGUUCAACACGAGCAACGGUGAGUAUCACUCAUCGGCCCCAGGAUCGCAACCCAAUUUGCACUCGGGUUUCUCCAUUCCCCAGCAACACGUCGACCCCAACCAGGUGCUCGGCUCCGGCGAGUACUCUUCGACUGCCCCUGCUCACAGCAUGUUCACCUUCGGUGGGGAUUCCGAUAACGAGGAUGAGGACGGCGGGUACGGCGAGCGGGGAGGCAUCACCAUGCCAAGUGAUUUCGCGAUGGAUGACGCGAGCAGCGACAUGAACCCGGGCCUGACGUGGGAUGGGUUCCCCGGUUCUGUUCAGUCCCUCCCUGGAUUUCCGGAUCAGCAGCGGAAGCAAGUGACCAUCGGGUCUGCCGAUGUGAUGGAUGGCCCCUCUGAAUGGCGUCGCGGGCAUGGCUUUAGUCGGGGUCAUGGUUCCGCAGUCUCAGUCAGUGAGAUGCGUAACCGGGAUCAAGAUCCACGGCGUCCGAAGAUCGCACGCACGGCGUCGACGCCCAAUGCCGCGGCGUUGCUGCGACAGAACCUGAAUGGUGCUGCUAGCGGCCCGUCCACCAACCAUCCAUCUCCCAGCACGCCACCCGAAUCCGGGCUCAGUAGCGCCAUUCCAUCUCGCCCUGCCAGUCCUGGCGGCUCCAAGUUAGGCGAUCCCAACGCCGGGCCGACCACGUGUACCAAUUGUUUCACGCAGACCACUCCUUUAUGGCGACGCAACCCUGAGGGCCAGCCAUUGUGCAAUGCCUGUGGCCUAAGCGGAACCGCAGCAGUGCGAAACAGCAUCGCCGUGGGUGCAUCUCGCUCGUCUAAGAAGUCUUCUCGCAAGAACUCGAUUGCGCAGACCCCAAUGAGCGCCACCACCUCUCGGGCCCCUAGUAACACGGCAUCCGAAUCUCCGCCGGCCAUGUCGGGAUCCGGCGCUGGAAAACCGGGCGUGGUGCCUAUUGCCGCGGCACCCCCGAAGGCUGGCCCUCCUGCUGGAGUCGCCCAGGCUCGAGCUGGCGUGCAGGUCGCCCCUCGACGCCAACGUCGCAUUGAAAAGGCGCCUACGGAUCCAGAUACGGACGACAGUCCCAAGUCUACGGGGCCCUCAGGUCGAUCCAAGAUCGUACCACUUGCGCCCGCAAUGCCUCCUGCUGCUACGAACCCGGCAAACCACAGUAUUGCCGGUGGGCAGGGAGCAAGCCAAGAGUGGGAGUGGCUGACAAUGAGUCUGUAA